GCAGUAUGGAGACGGCCGCCCUGGCCCUUCUGGCCAAGGCCUGCGAGAGAGGGGGUUCGAUGUCGACAGCAAGGUGCAAGUCUUCGAGACCGUGAUUCGUGGGGUUGGAGGGCUUCUGAGUGCCCAUCUGUUUGCCAUUGGCGAACUGCCAAUUACAGGCUAUGAUCCUCGCCGCCACACCGAUGAGCCCCUGGAUGUUCACCCCAUUGCCUGGCCCAAUGGCUUCAAAUACGAUGGGCAAAUGCUUCGUCUGGCCCUGGACCUGGCGCAGCGCCUUCUCCCUGCCUUCUACACCACGACGGGAAUGCCCUAUCCCCGAGUCAACCUCCGCCAUGGCAUCCCUUUCUACGUCAACUCGCCCCUGCAUGGCCUGUCUGGAACACCAGGCGGCAUCGAGGGUCCGCCCGAGAUCACCGAGACAUGCAGUGCUGGCGCGGGGUCCCUGGUGCUCGAGUUUACUGUCCUGAGCCGACUCACAGGAGACCCCAGGUUUGAGCAGCUUGCCAAGCGAGCAUUCUGGGCCGUCUGGGAGAGGAAGAGCCGAAUAGGUCUCAUCGGCGCCGGAGUCGAUGCCGAGGAUGGGCACUGGAUAGGAGCCUACUCUGUGAUCGGCGCCGGCGCUGAUAGCUUCUUCGAGUAUGCUUUGAAGACGCACAUCUUGCUUUCUGGCCAUGAGCUGCCAAACCGUACAUGGACCCGGGCUGGUAGGAAUGACAACUGGCUUGACCCUAACUCCAUCUACCCUCCCCUGAGUGACGACGAUAACUCGCCGGACUCGUUCUUAGAAGCGUGGCAUCAUGCCCACGCCGCCAUAAAGCGUCACCUCUACAAUGAGAGGGACCACCCGCAUUAUAUCAACGUCAACCUCUGGACGGGUUCCUUCGCGUCGAAUUGGAUUGAUAGCCUCGGCGCGUACUAUUCUGGCCUACUCUCGUUGGCCGGUGAGCUUGAUGAAGCCAUAGAGACGAACCUCCUGUACACUGCUAUCUGGACCAAGUACUCGGCUCUCCCCGAACGAUGGUCUCUUAAGGAUAAGACUGUCGAAGGGGGGCUCGGCUGGUGGCCGCUGCGCCCCGAGUUCAUUGAGUCUGUAUACCACCUAUAUCGCGCCACGAAAGACCCAUGGUAUCUCUACGUUGGCGAGAUGGUGUUGCGGGACAUCACGAGGCGGUGCUGGACACCCUGCGGGUGGGCCGGCCUUCAGAAUGUCCUCGACGGCGAGAAGAGCGACCGGAUGGAGAGCUUCUUCCUCGGCGAGACCGCCAAGUACAUGUACUUGCUCUUCGACGAUGCUCAUCCGCUGAACUCCCUCGACGCAGCUUAUGUCUUCACAACGGAAGGCCAUCCGCUUCUCAUUCCCCGCCAGAGGCCCAGCAAGAAGAAGAAGCCUCAUCGAACCUCCAAGACAAAAGAGGUCAACACCUUCGACAGCAAUGACUUUACCAUCACCUGCCCAAUCCCCCCCAAGCUAUUACCUUUUACUGGUUCUGCCACAGCCGCGAGGCCUGACAUCUACCACGCUGCACGACUCCUUGAUUUGCAUUUGAUACCCCGCUUCGAUCCCAAACUCCCAGCUGCCUCAGCUCCAGGCCAGCGGGUGGCUAGAGCUAAUCACACAUUCUUCCCCUGGACUCUACCUACCGACCUGUUGCCUAGCAAUGGCACAUGCUCCAAGGUCUAUCAGCCGGUUGAGGUUACGUUGGAAUUCGCCUCCAACUCUCAGCCCGUUGCCGGGGGGAGCGCCUUUAACUUCAUGCUCUCGACGCAGAACAUGGAGCGCCUUAGUGCAAACCGAAUCCGGGUCUCUAGCCUGUCGGGUCUGAAGGUGACCAUGAGACAGGAAGAAGGCGGCGAGUCUGAGUGGCGCGUCACCAAAGUCAACGGGGUCUCCCUCGGACGGGACGAGUCCGUCAUCAUGGAGAAGGCCAUCAUUGGGGAUGUCUCAGACCCGAGAUUCAACAUCGUUCGGGAUCCGGUACUCGUCAAGCUGCAACAUCUCCAUCGCUUCGAGGUGUCGAGGGACACGGGCCGCGCUUCAGGUGUGCGCACCGACGAAGGGGACGACGAUGAGAUGCGGUUCCAUGACCACUCCAACCUCCUCGAAGCCAUCGAGGAAGCAAAUGACUCGACCAGUUCCCGCGUCGCCGACCUCGGUGCUCGCGUAAAGUCGCUCCUCAACCGCAUGGCAGCCUCCCUGGACAUGCAGCUCCCGGCCCCCGCGACCCCGCUCCCGGGGUAUUCCAAGGACCCACUCAUGUACAACCUCGUCAUCAACCAGACGGCCGUGACGCCGACCGGGCCCGGCGCCGCCCCACUGCCGGACGUCGACGUGCCCGCGGCGGGGAUCCACGUCCCCGCCGUCGGCGACGUGCCCGCGGGCCUCUUCCCCUGGGCCACCGUGUUCGCCGCCGGCGACGCCUGCGGGGCACCCCUCCCCGAGGACGCGGCCCGCGACCACCACGUCAUCGUCAUCCGCCGGGGCGGGUGCAGCUUCAGCGCCAAGCUGGCAAACAUACCCGCGCACCCGCCCUCGGCCCGGUCGCUCCAGCUCGUCGUCGUCGUGUCGGACGACGACGACGAGGACAGGGACGAGGACGGGGACGAGGGAGCCGGCGGC